UUCUAAUCAGACAGAAAACGAAAAAAGAGAGAGAAAGAACGAAGAGAGAGAAAGGAGGAGUAUCGAAGAGGAGAGCGAUCAGAGAGAAAACAGAGAAAAGGGGUCUUCAAUUUUCUGAUUCAGGAUUUUAUUUUGCAGAAUUGAAGAGAGUAAAUUGGAGAAUGCAGAGCAAAAUUUUGAAGGGAUAAGGAGCAAUGGUGUUAGAAGCUAUAUGGGUUUCAGAGGAGUAGUUAAGAGGAAAAGGAGAAAGGAAAAUUAAGCUGAGAGUGUUUUUGAUUAUUUUUUCUUCUAAAUCUAAAUUCGGGGAGCUUCAAUAAGGUGAGCCCAUUCGUUAUCUCGCCUCCGUGAACUCAUAUUUUGUUUCAAGUUUGAAUCUCUAUGUUCUGUUGAUUCAUUUUUAUUCAAGUUUGAAUUUUGAGCAUAAAAAUCUGAGCUUGAAGUUCAGAAUUCAAGCUUGAAUCGUUCAUUGGGGGAGUGGCAUUUGGGUUAUUGUUGAAUUUUGCGUAAUACAGGUAAAAUUUUUGGGCGGUUUACUUGGAGAAGCAGGGAGGUAUUUAGUUUUCGCGGUUUAGUUCAAUAAUAGGUUCGUGUGGAUUGUAAUUCUGAAUUCUGGGUUUAGUGUUAAGAAUCUGACGAUUUUCGCAAAUUUGGGAUUUUGGAGGGAGAGUCAGUUUGAUUGAAAGUUUGAGAUCUCUGGUUGCGGGCUCGACCCUCUGGCUAUUCUAGUUUGUAAAAUUGAAGUUCUGGAGAUGGGUUUUGGGUUUGAAUUUGUUAGGGGGGUUGUUUGGGGGAUGAGAUAUUGUUUGGAAAUGGAUUCCUGGAGUUGUAGCAAAAAACCCUAAUUUAGUUGAAGGUCCUUUAUCGUUGUUGUGGCAGUGUGUUUUUGUUAUAUGGAGUUUUAGCUUGGAUAAGGAGAGAGGCCAGAGAGAUGCAACCACCACAUCACCAUACGCGGAUCAAUCUUGCCGAGUUGAAAGCUCAGAUAGUGAAGAAACUCGGGGCAGAGGGGUCCAAGCAAUAUUUUUAUUACUUGAACAGGUUCUUGAGUUUAAAACUCACUAAGGUUGAGUUCAAUAAGCUUUGUCUUAGAAUUUUUGGGCGGGAGAAUAUUGCACUUCACAAUCAGCUCAUUCGUGCAAUAUUGAGAAAUGCUUGUAGUGCGAAAACCCCACCACCAGCAAGUCACAAGGAUGAUGUUUUGAAGAAUGGUACACAAGUUAGCAGCAAGGAUAUUUCUGCUGAUAGUUAUCAGCAAAAUGGGUCCCACACCAGUAUGACUCCUCAAGCUUGUGUGUCACCAGGGUUGUCAAAUGGAGGUGACAUGCUACCCCUCUCGCCCCGAAAGGCCAGAACAGGUUCUCGUGAUCGGAGAACUGGGGAUCGUCGAAGCGCUCUUGGACCUAACGGCAAAACUAGUGUGGGACCUCAGCUGUCUGCUUCCACUCAGUCGAGUGAUUUUAAUGUCGUAUUGGAGAAUGGAAAUUUGAAUCCACCUGAUAUUGGGAAGCCGGUGCAGCAUCAUCAAGAACUCAUGCACCAAUCAGAGAAUGAAAGUGAGAACUUGGUUCGGCGUUCUGCUAAAAUGUCCAUUCUGAGGACAUCACCAGAUGGUUCAGCUCCUUCAUGCAGCAAGGAACAGACAGAAUUAGUAGUUAGAGAUGAUGGGAAAGAAGCUUCUCCUAGGAGUCCACUCCGGGCGCCACUUGGUGUUCCAUUAUGUCCUGUUAGCAUUGGUGGGGCACGUAGAGCUCUGCCUCCAGCAAGUAGCAGUAGAUGUAUCGAUGCACUUGAUGAUGGUGUUUUGUUGGACAGUCUAACAUUAAGGGAACGGAUGGAGCAGAUUGCUUUAGCACAAGGUCUUGAAGGGGUGUCGGUUGAUUCUGCCAACAUCUUGAACCAUGGAUUAGACUCGUACAUGAAAGGAUUAAUUAGGUCUUGCAUUGAACUUGUAGGGUCAAGAUCAGGGCAUGAGUCAACAAAGAAUAAUACCAACAAGCACCACAGCUAUAUGAAGCUAAUUAAUGGUGUUAGACCAGGUCAUCAAUUUCAGAUGCAAAAUAGUGGAAAACCUCCGGAAGUGGAAGAACAGAGAAAUCCUUGCGAAAUUUCUUUACAGGACUUUCGAGUUGCCAUGGAGCUGAAUCCACGAAAACUUGGUGAAGACUGGCCAUUGUUGCUAGAGAAAAUAUGUACACAUGCAUUUGAAGAAUAGCAUGGAUCAUGGAUUUGUUGUCGUGCAGUUGGCUGAAUUGUCGCUACUGGAUCAGAAGGCAUGCUUUGCGGUGCCGAUCUUCUGGCCAUGGUGUGGCUUUGGCGUUCUUAUUCAUGGCCUUUGAAUCCAUGUAUCGCUCGUAAAGUAAAACGACCAAUUCGGGAUGAAAGGGGUCGCAGCAGGGAAUCUUUAUUCCAUACUGCUAAUUGGGCUCUUCUUUAAUUGGAAGAACCCAUAAUAUGCAACCAUUCAGAUGAGGAAAAUUGCUAAAAUCUGGUUGCCCUGUUGUAUGAUAGCAUGAUCCCCACUUCAAAUUUUUUCUUUGUCCUGUAAUUUACAGUCAAUCAGAAAUUUUAGAGCAGUUUUGCAGGAAUAAUUUGUGUAGUUCAGCAUUUUAACGUGAAAAAAAGUGUGGGAUUGCAUGAUGCAAUAGUCAUGUCUAUGUACCUUCACCAUCAAGAUUGGUUGGGAUCUUAAUAUUAACAACAACGUUUAGCCAGUUGAUUUUAUUAUUUUUUU